UUUUGUUUUAUGAACUAAUUUCCAUGGGUUAUCUUUGAACAUUCAAUCCAAUAUAUGCAACUAUAUUUAGAAAAAAUUCUUGCUUUAUGAUGAUUAUUUCUUGCUUCAACCUCACUGAAUGUUGCAUAUUAUCUGUUGGGUAUAGCUGAUAUUGAAUUUUUUCAGCCUAGGAAUCAUUUGCUUUAUAAAUUAUGAUUCUUUUCUUUAGAAUUAUUGAGAGAUUAAUUAAAAUAAAAAUAAGAAUAUACAAAAAGAUUCUCUCUUGUUCAACCCUUAAUUUUUUUUUUUAAUAAUUCAUAUUUUAGUUACCAAUCUUGUUACAGAAAACCCAAUAAUUUAAAUUAAUAAUCCAGCAAAUAAUUUUGUAAAAAAAAAACUCAACUAACUUGCAUGUCUAUUGAAUUUGACUAUUUCAAAUGAAGACCAUGAUAAACAGAGAUCAUAUACAUUUGGGAGUACCUGUAUUAGGUCUAUAAUGGAGAAAAUUGUGAUCUUGAUUGUAUAUUUGGGUUUAAUUUCAGCAUUUGUGUUUGCAAAAGGGUAUAAUGUUAGGGAAGCUCCAUGGAGAAUCCACACAUUGUUCUCAACAGAAUGCAACAAUUACUUUGAUUGGCAAACUGUUGGGAUUAUGCAUAGUUACCGGAAAUCGAACCAUUCCGGGCCUAUUACUCGACUUCUAAGCUGCACAGAAGAAGAGAAGAAACAUUAUAAAGGGUUUGACUUAGCUCCCACUAUGGAGGUUCCUUCAAUGAGCAGGCACCCAGGAACUGGUGACUGGUAUCCUGCAAUUAACAAGCCUGCUGGAAUUGUGCAUUGGCUCAAGUAUAGCGAGGAUGCCAAGAAUGUUGACUGGGUUGUGAUUUUAGAUGCUGACAUGAUCAUCCGAGGUCCAAUAAUUCCUUGGGAACUAGGUGCUGAGAAAGGCAGGCCUGUUGCUCAAUAUUACGAUUAUUUGAUUGGAUGUGACAACAUCCUGGCGGAAUUGCAUACAAAGCACCCCGAGCUAUGUGACAAGGUAGGGGGUUUGUUGGUUUAUCAUAUAGAUGAUCUCAGAGCCAUGGCUCCUUUUUGGCUCUCGAAAACUGAAGAAGUGCGUGAAGAUAGGGCUCACUGGGCUACAAACAUUACUGGUGAUGUAUAUGGAAAGGGAUGGAUCAGUGAAAUGUAUGGUUAUUCGUUUGGUGCUGCAGAAGUUGGACUUCGUCAUAAAAUUUCUGAUGACUUGAUGAUUUAUCCGGGCUAUGUUCCUAGAGAGGGUGUUGAACCCAUUCUUUUGCAUUAUGGCUUGCCAUUCACAGUCGGGAACUGGUCUUUCACCAAAUUUAAUCACCGUGAAGAUGGGAUUGUUUAUGACUGUGGACGCCUCUUUCCCAAACCGCCUUAUCCAGAAGAGGUGAUGAUAUUGGAAACUCAUCCAGGCAUUAGAAGAGGUCUAAUGCUGAGCAUAGAGUGCAUGAACAUGCUAAACGAAGCUUUGGUUCUUCAUCAUACUGCAAGAGGGUGCCCUAAACCAAAACUUUCGAGAUAUAUAAGUUUCCUGAAGAGCAAGACAUUUAAAGAGCUUACUCAACCAAAAGUUCCAGGUCACAUUAACUGGCUAAGUAAAGACGUAUAUAACAAGCAAGAAAUAGUUGGUGAAAUUAGCAAACCAUACCCAAAAAUCCACACCGUCUUCUCCGCUGAAUGCAACUCUUAUUUUGAUUGGCAAACUGUUGGCCUUAUGCAUAGCUUUCGUCUAAGUGGUCAGCCUGGCAAUAUCACUCGGCUUCUCAGUUGUACGGAAGAAGAUCUAAAGCAUUACAAGGGGUAUGAUUUAGCUCCAACCCAUUAUGUUCCUUCAAUGAGCGUACAUCCUUUGACGGGUGAUAGGUACCCUGCAAUCAACAAACCGGCUGGAAUAGUACAUUGGAUUCAUCAUGCACAUAUAGAUGCCGAAUAUAUUGUAAUUUUGGAUGCCGAUAUGAUCAUGAGGGGCACAGUUACGCCAUGGGAAUUCAAAGCUGCCCAUGGCCGCCCUGUUGCAGCUCCAUAUAAUUACUUGAUUGGCUGUGACAAUAUACUUGCAAAGCUCCAUACGCGUAAUCCCGAAGCUUGUGACAAGGUUGGAGGUGUUAUAAUCAUGCAUAUAGAUGAUCUUCGGAAGAUGUCUCUCUAUUGGCUUCUUAAAACCCAGGAGGUAAGAGCUGAUACCGAACAUUAUGCUACCGAAAUCACUGGAGACAUAUAUCAAUCUGGAUGGAUCAGUGAGAUGUACGGCUACAGUUUUGGGGCAGCAGAGUUAAAUUUACGGCAUAGAAUAGAUGGCUCAUUAAUGAUGUAUCCGGGAUAUGGUCCUCAACUCGGCAUAAAUUACAGGGUUUUCCACUAUGGUCUAGACUUUAAGGUCGGAAACUGGAGAUUCGACAAGGGUAAUUGGAAAAAUACUGACUUGGUACGCACUUGCUGGGCUAAGUUUCCUGACCCUCCCGAUCCUAUAACUCUUGAUAGAACCGAUGAGGACGCAUACAAUAGGGAUUUGCUAAGCAUAGAAUGUGCAAGAACUUUGAAUGAAGCUCUUUAUCUGCAUCAUAAACGAAGAAAUUGUCCCGAUCCCAACAUAUUGGUCACACUUGAUGAGGUAGGAAACAAAGAAACGAUACAUAGAAACGAAUAUAAUGCCAAUGAAAGCAGUGACUCUUCAGAACUGCAAAAUUCUCCUCAAUCAGACGAACUCAACUUCUUCGGGAUUUUGGUGGCGCUACUCGGGGUUGUUUUGUUCUUGGGUGUUUUGUUAUUAAUUGUGAGAGCAUUUGUUGGUGAUAAAAAACGGAAAAGAAAGGGUACAUAACAAGAGCAAGAUGGAGACGUAUUUGGUGUUGUUUGAUACAAGUAGAAGAAAUGAUGAUGUAUCCGAUAGCAAUUCAAAGCGCUAACGCCAUACGACCAUACUACACGGUUUGUUAAAAACUCGAGAGGUUGCUAAUGUAGACAUUAAACAUCCUUAUAUCUUUCGAUAAACUAGAACCGGUUUGUGUUUGGUUCUUUCCUACUAUAGGUAGAUAAAUUGGUUCAUUUCCUAAUCUUAACAUUUGGAAUUUUGUUCAUUUUGGUUCUUUCCUACGGGAUUGUAAUUCAUGAUCAUUUCUAGCAACUAAGUGUUGAGGAUGCACCUUAAUUUGUCUAAUACUCCGCUUAUUUUUCACCGCUUUUUAUUUUAGUUUUUCUUAUUGAUUUUGCAUUUUUCUUUUGGCAAUGGUCUCACUCAUAUAUAGAACCUAUUUUAAAGCAACUCGGCUAAAAAUUAAACUAUUCAGAAAACAUACCUAUAAUCAAUUUGAAUAGCCAAGUCAACUAGAGGACC